UCCCCUAGCGGGUGAAACAUUCAAUACAUCUGAGCCCGGAUUACCGACUUCCUACUACCCAACCUGGCAACCUGCAUGUUGUUCAGGGGGAGGCGCUAGUCCGCAGUAGUUUCUGGAAGGAACCUCAUGCUUGCACCAUGGAGAAAGUUUCAGCAUUGAAAGACCAGGGCAACAAGGCUCUAAGUGCGGGAAACAUUGACGAGGCUGUACGUUGCUACACUGAAGCCUUGGCUAUUGACCCAUCAAACCAUGUGCUGUACAGUAAUCGCUCAGCUGCCUAUGCCAAGAAAGGCAACUAUGAGAACGCCCUCCAGGAUGCCUGCCAAACCAUCAAGAUCAAACCUGACUGGGGCAAAGGUUACUCUCGCAAAGCAGCAGCAUUGGAAUUUCUUGGCCGGUUGGAGGAUGCUAGAGCAACUUACCAUGAGGGCAUUCGACAAGAGCCAAGUAAUCAGCAGCUAAAGGAGGGUUUACAGAACAUUGAGGCUCGACUGGCAGAGAAAACCAUGAUGAACCCUUUCGCCAUGCCUAACUUGUAUCAGAAGCUGGAAAGUGACUCUCGAACCCGUGAGCUGUUAGCAGAUCCCAGCUACAGAGAACUGCUCGAGCAGCUCAGGAACAAGCCGUCUGAGCUUGGCACGAAGCUGCAGGAUCCCAGAGUGAUGACCACACUCUCUGUGCUGCUGGGACUAAACCUCUCUGAGAUGGAAGAGGAUGAGGAGCCCACUCCUCCUCCUCCCCCCAAACCCAAAGAGACUCAGCCUCCACCUCCUAAAGAAGAAGACCUCCCUGAAAACAAGAGAUUGGCCCUGAAGGAGAAGGAACUUGGAAAUGCUGCAUACAAGAAUAAGGACUUUGAGACGGCGCUGAAACAUUAUGAAGAAGCCAUUAAACACGACCCCACCAACAUGACUUAUAUAUCUAAUCAGUCAGCUGUGUACUUUGAGAAGGGUGAUUUUGAAAAGUGCAGAGAGCUGUGUGAGAAGGCCAUUGAUGUUGGCAGAGAGAACCGAGAAGACUACAGACAAAUCGCAAAGGCCCUAGCUCGAAUUGGCAACUCCUACUUCAAACAGGAAAAAUACAAAGAAGCAGUUCAGUAUUUCAACAAGAGCUUGACAGAGCACCGCACUCCUGAUGUCUUGAAGAAGUGUCAACAGGCAGAGAAGAUAUUGAAGGAACAGGAGAAACUAGCCUACAUCAACCCAGAUUUAGCCCUGGAAGAGAAGAACAAGGGCAAUGACGCCUUCCAGAAAGGAGACUACCCCUUAGCCAUGAAACAUUACUCCGAGGCCAUCAAGAGAAACCCCCACGAUGCCAAACUCUUCAGUAACAGAGCCGCAUGCUACACAAAGCUGCUGGAGUUUCAGCUUGCCCUUAAGGAUUGUGAAGAGUGCAUCAAACUUGAGCCCACCUUCAUAAAGGGCUACACUCGUAAAGGAGCUGCACUGGAAGCCAUGAAAGAUUAUACUAAAGCUAUGGAUGCGUACCAGAAGGCUCUGGAGCUGGACUCCUCCUCAAAGGAAGCCAGUGAGGGCUUGCAGCGCUGUAUGGUCAGUCAGACUAUGAGAAACGACACCCCCGAGGAAGUGAAGAAACGGGCCAUGUCUGAUCCUGAGGUGCAGCAGAUUAUGAGUGAUCCAGCCAUGCGCAUGAUCCUUGAGCAAAUGCAGAAGGACCCUCAGGCACUUAGCGACCACUUAAAGAAUCCAGUUAUUGCUCAGAAGAUACAGAAACUCAUUGAUGUUGGACUGAUAGCCAUUCGUUGAUGAGAGACCAGAGCCACGUGUGUGAAGAAACUCCAAGACAAAAGUGGAACAAAAUGCAGAUCCCUUCAAAAUAAUACAUCCUCUCUUUUUCUUGCCUUCAAAUUCAAAAGUAUACUGUUCAUGGUCUGAGGCUUUGUUUGUAUGUUAUGUUAUGUUUUUUUUUUUUUUUUAAACCAAUUUCACUAUGUUUGCAUUGUAUUUAAGACGGCAUCCUGUAUGUUAUAUGGAAAACUUCAGGACUCAAGACAACUUCAUCUUAAAAAAAUGGAUGCAUAAAUACAUCUUUAAAUAAACAUUACAAUGCAGUGCA